AUGAAGAGGUUUUGGAUUCAAAACGCAUUUUUUGUUCUGCUUCUCUUCAUUUGUUUGGCUUCAUGUCAAAACGAUGACGUUUAUGAUCAUAAACGGGUUCGGAUCCGGGUCGGGUUGGUUUUGGAUAUGGGUUCCGUGGAGGGAAAAAUGGUGGGAAGUUCUGUUACAACGGCGCUUUCCGAUUUCUACGCCAUUAACACUGAUCACAAAACAAGAGUCUCUCUCUCAGUCAGAAACUCUCAAGGAGAGCUUCUCUUAGCUCUCUCUUCUGGAGUGGAGGCGAUCAUCACUGCCGGAGACUCGUUGCUGGAGACAAAACUUUUGGCGGAGAUUGGGGAGAAAGCUAUGGUUCCUGUGAUCUCACUCAACUCUCCGGUCUCAUCUUCAUUGAGCAGAUACAGUCACUUGAUCCAAGCGACGCAUGAUUCUUCCUCCGAGGCGAAGGGGAUCAGAUCUUUCAUCCAUGAGUUUGGUUGGAAGAGUGUUUCUGUUGUUUACGAGGAUGACUGGAGAGAGAGAAUGCAAGAGCUUGUGGAUCAUUUUUAUGAAAACGGUGUUGGCGUACAAUCCAAGGCUGGUUUUACUGUGUAUUCAACCGAGGAAACGGUUAUGGAUCAGUUAGGAAAGAUGAAGGACUUGGGGAGGAGUGUCUUUGUGGUGCACAUGUCUGAGUUUAUUGCUACUCGUCUCUUCUCGUGUGCUGAGAAGCUGGGGAUGAUAGGUGAAGGGUUUGCUUGGAUCCUCACUGCUGAAAGCAUGAGCGGUUUCGAUGGAACUGGUGCAAUGGAAGAAGGUGUGGUUGGUUUCAAGAGUUACAUUCCAAUGACAAAGGAGCUUCAGAACUUCACUUUGAGAUUGAGAAGAUCUUUAGGUAAUGAAGAAGAUGUUCGGUUGAGCAUCUCUGGUGUAUGGGCUCAUGAUGUAGCUUGGGCACUGGCGAGAUCAGCGGAGAUGGUGAAUGCAUCACAAACUCUCCUUGAGGCUAUCACAGAGUGUAGGUUUAAGGGUCUGAGUGGUGACUUCCAAGUGAAGGAUAAGAUGUUCUUGUCAGACAAGUUUGAGAUUGUGAAUUUGUUGGAAUCAGGUGAGAGGAGAAUAGGAUUCUGGAAUGGUAAUAAUGGUAGUUUCAGCAGUAGAAGACAUUUUAACAAGCUGGAGGAGACCAUAAUCUGGCCUGGUGGGUCAGCUCAAACUCCGAGAGGGCGCCGCGUUCUAGGAGAAAGCAAAAGAAGAAAGCUGAGGGUUUUGGUUACAUCUAGCAAUAGAUUCCCAAAACUGAUUGAGGUGGAGACUGAUUCAGCAACAAAUAUUACAACUGUAAAAGGGUUCUGUAUAGAAGUCUUCCGCGCUGCCAUUGCACCUUUCAACUGUGAUUUGGAGUUCAUACCUUGGCGCAAUGGUAGUGACUACGACGAACUUGCAUAUAGACUUUCUAUUCAGAAAGACAAAUAUGAUGCAGCAGUGGGAGAUAUUACAAUCACUGCCAAUAGAUCAACAUAUGUUGAUUUUACAAUGCCAUUCACCGAGAUGGGUCUUGGAAUAGUAGCACCAAAGGAGAGUAGUAUGUGGGUGUUCUUACAGCCUCUAACACGAGACCUUUGGAUAACAAGUGCAGCUUUCUUUGUCUUGACGGGGUUUAUAGUUUGGUUGAUAGAAAGACCUGAUAACAAAGAGUUCCAGGGUUCUUGGCCGAAACAGAUCGGAGUUAUAUUUUGGUUUGGCUUCUCUACCCUUGUUUACGCGCAUAGGGAGAAACUACAACACAACUUAUCAAGAUUUGUAGUUACAGUAUGGGUGUUUGCAGUACUUAUAUUGACUACAAGCUAUACUGCAACUUUGACAUCAAUGAUGACGGUCCAACAGAUACAAUUCAACUCUAACAAAGAUUACGUGGGGCAUCUUUCGGGCUCCCUCAUUGCAAAUAUGUCCCUAAACAAUCCCACAUUCCAACCAACGAACAUCAAGGGUCUCAAUUCUGCUCAAGAAUAUGCUCAAGCCUUGUUGAACAAUACCGUCUCGUAUAUUGUCGAUGAGUUGCCAUACCUCAAAGUCCUCCUUGGAGAGAAUCCUGCAAAGUUUGCCAUGGUCAAGGCACAUUAUAACACCAUUGGUUUUGGCUUUAUGUUUCAGAAGGGAGACGAACUGGUGCCUCUUGUCUCCAGGAAAAUCUUGGAGCUAAGGGCGAACGAUACAAUAACUGAAAUGGAGAGAAGAUGGUUUGAGAAGAAUAAACUUCUAUACACAGCAGAUGAUACAUCGAAUCCUUUAACUCUUUAUAUGUUCCGCGGAUUGUUUAUGAUCACUGGGGUUUCUUCAGCUUUGGCUCUUGCACUACUUCUCAUUCUCUGGCUCCAAGACAAUUGGGAUGAUCUGAUGAAUUCAACCAAGAUAUUCCUCUCCCAGCGACUUGCACAUUUUGGGAUCUUCUUCCCGAAAACUAUCCAUCCCUUACCCCUUGAUGACGAAAAUGCUAUUCAAAUGGCUCAACGUAACUGA